CGCGCUCUUGUCUUCCCCUCCCGCCGCGGCUCAUUAAUAUUAAUGAAAUCCCGCCCAAUCGGGUGGUGCAGCGGCGGCAGCGCUUUGGUGACGUAUCGCCCCGCCUUGCAGCGGGAUUCAUCUGCAUAUUCAUGAGAUAGGCGGGAUGAGGCGCGGGCGUUUAUAAGGCGCCGCCCCGCCAGGCUCGCCGUACAUUUCGCUGAGGCUUUGAAGUGUCUUGUGGAUCUCGUACCGCCGGGGCAUCGGUCAGAAUGGCAUCAGAUGAGGGAAAGCUCUUUGUCGGCGGGCUCAGUUUCGACACGAACGAGCAGUCAUUGGAGCAAGUCUUCUCUAAAUACGGACAGAUUUCUGAAGUUGUGGUGGUGAAAGACAGAGAGACUCAAAGAUCCAGAGGUUUUGGCUUUGUAACUUUUGAAAAUAUCGAUGAUGCAAAAGAUGCAAUGAUGGCCAUGAAUGGAAAGUCUGUAGAUGGGCGUCAGAUCCGAGUCGACCAGGCUGGGAAAUCCUCUGAGAACAGAUCCCGUGGCUACAGAGGGGGUUCCUCAGGGGGCCGGGGCUUCUUCCGCGGGGGCCGAGGCCGGGGCCGUGGCUUCUCCAGAGGAGGUGGAGACAGAGGCUAUGGCGGCAGCAGAUUUGAUUCCAGAAGCGGAGGCUAUAACGGCUCCAGAGACUACUAUAAUAGCAGGAGUCAAGGUGGCUAUGGAGACAGGAACUCGGGAGGCUCCUACAGAGACAGCUAUGACAGUUACGGUAAGUCCUGCUUCGAGCGCGAGCGCUGAGUCCGUGUGCUGUAGGAGCUCUGAACCUGCUGAGCCUGAGCCUGGAGCUGGGGCAGGCUCAGGCUGUGGACGUGGUGGUGCCGGGAGAUUCUAAGUUUAAUGCAUGUUGUGCAGGAGUUGCUCGGAUCUAAGGCAAAGCAAGUGUUUAAAAAAAAAAAAAAAGAAAAAGGUGUUCCUGGAGCCCAAACUCGGCUGCCCUAACGCACUGACCCGCGGGUGGGGGAUCUCAGUAGCCAAGUAGCCGUAGCCUCGGAAUAAUGCAAAGGGAGUAAAAUGCUGGAACUUGUCUUUGCUUCAGUGCCUUUACAAUUGUGCCUGCUUCUUGUCCUCAGCUACACACAACGAGUAAAAAUCCUUCCUGACUCAAGAUCGUCCUUCCAAUGGCUGUAUUUAUAAAGAUUUUUGGAGCUUCGCUGAAAUGGUUAUUGUGUAGUACAUCUUACUUGUAUUUUCACUUUUGUAGUAUUAUCAGUUCUGAUCUUGUCAUACACAGCCUGGCAGCUUCUGAGACGAGACUGUCUGAUUAGACUGUCUUGGAGAAAGCUCUGCUUUCAAGUGGUUUUAAUCUUUUUUGAAAGCACUUCAGAUUUUAUUUUGUCCUCUCAUGAAUGAGCCAAGGUGUUCGUUUCUGGUUUUGUUUUUUUUUUUUUUUAAACUUGGGGCCCCAAUUCAGUUUCUUUUGAGCUAGAAAGGACCUUGUACCAAUGUUCACUGGAAGCUGAACAAGCUGUGGACUUUUUUUCUUUUUUUUUUUUUUUUUCUCAAGUGCAUUACCUUCGUCUUUUGUAACAUUCCUUUAGUGUAGCAAGGUAGGAAUGCAGCCUGGGUUCCGUUGGAAGGCAAACCACCUUGAUAUAUCUAAAGAGAAACGUGCUUGUAUGUUCAACCCGCAUAACGGUAUUCUUACUGUUGUAAUGAUGUAAAUGACCCAGAACUAGACUUGCAAACUUACCAUAAAGAGGUUCUUGAAAAUGUUUAUUUAUAUUGUCCUUUUUUACUGGAAGACAUAUGCAUAUUCCAUUGCUGUUGUAUUUGAAGUGGUAAAGGAUUCCUGUAUACAGUUUUCUUUGGCUUUACGAAGCCUAUUAAAAGACCGUCUGAAAUGAA